UCGACAGCUGAGGGGGCAGAACAGUUUGUGACAGGGCACCUACAUUCCCACAGAAAACACUGAGACCGCUACACAGCCUCCUUCCUCUUCUUCUUCUUCCAUUUGUUUUCUCCUGAAGACUCCUCUGUCUCCUCCACUGGAAUUUUCUUCUUCCUCCUUCUUCGGUGUGUUGGGGACUGAACCAUGGAGUUGUCGGAUAUCGCUUUCCCCAUCCCCUCGGCUGAUGAUUUCUAUGACGACCCCUGCUUCAACACCAGCGACAUGCACUUCUUCGAGGACCUGGACCCGCGGCUGGUCCAUGUGGGCCUGCUGAAGCCGGACGACUCCUCCUCCUCGUCCGCAUCCUCCCCUUCCUCCUCCUCCUCCUCCCCGUCCUCCCUGCUGCACCUCCACCACCAUGCCGAGGGGGAGGACGACGAGCACGUCCGCGCCCCCAGCGGGCACCACCAGGCGGGCCGCUGUCUGCUGUGGGCCUGCAAGGCCUGCAAGCGGAAGACAACCAAUGCGGACCGGCGGAAGGCGGCCACAAUGCGGGAGCGCCGGCGGCUCGGCAAGGUCAACGACGCCUUCGAGACCCUGAAGCGCUGCACGUCGGCCAACCCCAACCAGCGGCUGCCCAAGGUGGAGAUCCUGCGCAACGCCAUAAGCUACAUCGAGUCCCUGCAGUCGCUGCUGCGCGGCGGCCAGGAGGACAGCUUCUACCCGGUGCUGGAGCACUACAGCGGGGACUCCGACGCCUCCAGCCCCCGCUCCAACUGCUCCGACGGCAUGACGGAUUUUAACGGGCCGACCUGUCAGUCCGCCAGGAGAGGAAGUUACGAGAGCAGCUCUUAUUUCUCCCAGACUGCAAACGGUGGUCAGAAGAGUGAACGGAGCUCGGUGGUCUCAAGUCUGGACUGUCUCUCCAGCAUUGUGGAGCGGAUCUCCACCGACAACAGCAGCCUGCUGCCGGCCGCCGACGGCCCUGGCUCACCAGCAACAGACCCGACGAGUGACGCAGCACCGGCCCCAGGACCCAUCCAUGGCCCCUCUCCGACCACCACCCAUGACCCCAACCUGAUCUACCAAGUCCUAUAGACCUUCACACCUGGGGACAAUUCACAUUCUCUCACAGUCCACUCUCUGUCUCACACACACACACACACACACACACACACACACACACACACACACACACACACACACACGCACACAUACACACACACACACAUAAUGAAAGUGAUGAUUUUACAAGUGACUUAGUCUGAACUGUGUCUUCAAACCCUGUUUUUAGAGUUUUAUCAACUUCCCUCCACACCUAUUUUUUUAUUCCCUUUUAAUCAAGUAUGGAAGCUCAUUCCUGUCAAAAAAAAGGGCUUUGAAUAAACAAAAAGUUUAUUGCUACAUCUAAAUUCUACAGGUGUAAAAUAAUGAAUGUCAAAAACUAACUGUCCCAUUAUUGUAAGUAAUUACAUUGUACGUAAUAAUAAUUACAUCAACAUAAUAUGGAUUUAUUAUGUUGAUGGGUUUUUGGAUAGAAUUGCAAAAAACAAUUAUGUGAUUUUCACUUCAGACUUCAAGUGAUUAUCUUUUCUAAAUGUGUCAUUCAUUUUUUUUUUCCUUUGUUUUUCAUUUCUCGCGACAGGAAUGAUCUUCCAUACUUGAGUUUAUUUUUGACCCACAGAGUCCCCUUCUGGUUGUUAAUGUAAGCGGACUAGACUGUAGCUUAAACCACUUGAAUGCUGGAAAAUUUAUUUUUUGCAAACAUCUCUUUAAACAGGUUUAAUGAUGAGUAGAGAUGAGUUCAGUUCUUGCUGUAUUUCUGUACAUUUUUUUAAUUUUAAAUUAUGAAAAAACUAUUUUAAGGCUCAGCUGAGUCAUUCAGAUGGAUUUUUCUUCCUUUGUGUGUGUGUAGUCUAUUUAAUGAAGGACGGAGGCCACAAACCACCCAUUUACAUUCCUCCAUAUUCGUCCAUCUGAAGUUCUAGAAGCCCCAGCUGUUCAAUUCCCACAGAAAAAAAGAGAACUACAAUAACUCUAUGAUUUAUCAAUAAGAAUAAAGAGACAAUAUUAUAUAUUUCUGUAGUAAAACCGUUAUAAUAAAUAACAAAAUACAACUACAGACAUUUAAAUCCCUCAGAUUAGAUGUAUCAGAGUGGGAGUAUUGUAUUGUUUUGUUGGUCCCACCAGGGUUGAAGCAGGUUCAUACCUCCUUCUUAUCCAAGUCAAAUUGGAAAUUAUUUCAUAUGUCAUUAUCAUUCACUGCAGCGGAGGACCAUUUUUCUGUUUUUGUACAUAUUAUGUAAAUAAGAGCUGAUUUGUUCCAACUGAAAGUAUUAAUUAUGUAUUUAAUGUUUCUGUCUGUAUGUGCGUUUGUUUGUUGUGAAAAAUGUUUAAACUUUAUAUUUAUACAUCUGAAAACUGAGUGACAGUCUAAUGACAAAUAAAUGAACCUGCUUAUUUAUACAA